GACCGGGAGCCGUCAGGUGUCCGCCGAGCUGCUGUCGCAGCAGUGGGAGGCGGGCAUGAGCCUGCUGAUGGCCCUGGUGGUGCUGCUCAUCGUGGCCGGCAACGUGCUGGUGAUCGCGGCCAUCGGGCGCACGCAGCGGCUGCAGACGCUCACCAACCUCUUCAUCACCUCGCUGGCCUGCGCCGACCUGGUGAUGGGGCUGCUGGUGGUGCCUUUCGGGGCCACGCUGGUGGUGCGGGGCACCUGGCUGUGGGGCUCCUUCCUCUGCGAGUGCUGGACAUCGCUGGACGUGCUUUGCGUGACGGCAAGCAUCGAGACCUUGUGCGUCAUCGCCAUCGACCGCUACCUGGCCAUCACCUCUCCAUUCCGCUACCAGAGCCUGAUGACCAGGGCUCGGGCCAAGGUCAUCAUCUGCACCGUCUGGGCCAUCUCCGCUCUGGUCUCUUUCCUGCCCAUCAUGAUGCACUGGUGGCGGGACGAGGACCCUCAGGCGCUCAAGUGCUACCAGGACCCGGGCUGCUGCGACUUUGUCACCAACCGGGCUUACGCCAUCGCCUCGUCCAUCAUCUCCUUCUACAUCCCCCUCCUCAUCAUGAUCUUCGUGUACCUGCGGGUGUACCGGGAGGCCAAGGAGCAGAUCAGGAAGAUCGACCGCUGCGAGGGCCGGUUCUAUGGCAGCCAGGAGCAGCCGCAGCCACCCCCACUCCCCCACCACCAGCCCAUCCUCGGCAACGGCCGUGCCAGCAAGAGGAAGACGUCCCGUGUCAUGGCCAUGAGGGAACACAAAGCUCUGAAGACAUUGGGUAUCAUCAUGGGGGUGUUCACCCUCUGCUGGCUCCCUUUCUUCUUGGUGAACAUUGUCAACGUCUUCAACAGAGAUCUGGUGCCGGACUGGCUCUUCGUUUUCUUCAACUGGUUGGGCUACGCCAACUCUGCUUUCAACCCCAUCAUCUACUGCCGCAGCCCAGACUUCCGUAAGGCCUUCAAGAGGCUGCUCUGCUUCCCCCGCAAAGCUGACAGGCGGCUGCACGCCGGCGGCCAACCCGCGCUGCCCGGGGGCUUCAUCAGCACCCUGGGCUCCCCUGAGCACAGCCCAGGGGGGACGUGGUCCGACUGCAAUGGGGGCACGCGGGGCGGCAGUGAGUCCAGCCUGGAGGAGAGACAUAGCAAAACAUCCCGCUCGGAGUCCAAGAUGGAGAGGGAAAAAAACAUCCUGGCAACAACAAGAUUUUACUGCACAUUUUUGGGAAAUGGCGACAAAGCUGUUUUUUGCACAGUAUUAAGGAUUGUAAAGUUAUUUGAAGAUGCUACUUGCACAUGUCCACACACACACAAAUUAAAAAUGAAAUGGAGGUUUAAACAACACCAAGCCUGAAAGUGAUCUCUGUUUUUGUCUGAUCUGUUAUGGGUUUAUUGAGAGAGUGACUUUUUAUAUUAUUUUAUGAAGGUACUGUAAAUAGAUCGGUAUUAUAAAUUAAAAUAUCUGAAGGGACUUCUAUUAUUUUUAUUUCCAAGUGCCCGCGUGAAUCCGCUGUUAUUUUAGCACUUGUGUGUCAUUUCCAUUCUCCUCUGUGUGUAUGUUUUAUAACCUAUUUAUACUCUGGUGCAAUUUACUACUGUGUAAGUAAUUAGUCGAUGUGCAAUAAAUGCCAUUGCAGCAC